UGGAAUUCCUAUAGCGGCCCUCCCCAAGCGGCAAAGCGCUUUCUUUUCCGUCACGUGACAAAUGGGAGACUCAUUCUGAAGAGGGGAGAUGGCCAUGAAGAAGAGGAAACGAUCAUGCUAUAUAGAACAUGCCUGUUUUCCUGGUGAGACCCCUAGAGAGGAAGAGGAGAAAAAUCCUCAUGCACCAGUGGCUGCUGCUUCUAUUUCAGAUGCCUGGCAUCAUUGUGGUGAUGGAUUUCAGAUUUCAUCUUCAUUGGAGGCCAAAGAAUCUUCAAGAAAACCAGUUAGAGCUAAAAAGUCUUUUGCAUCAUUGCUUAGUUCAAGUGAAGAAAUAGAAACUGAGAACCUUUGUGAAUUUACUGACAUUGUAUGGAGUUCCAGUGGGAGUGAAUUUUCAGAUGAGGAAAAUGACAUUGCAGCUUCAGAUUUUCUUUAUAUGAAAAUGAAGAAAUAUAGAAAGUAUGCCUUGGUCUCCAAGAAAGUGUGUAAUAAAGAACCUGAAUUCAUUGAGUGGAAGAAUGAUAGUGAUUAUGAGCAUGAUGAACAUUAUAGUGAAUCAGAAGGUAAUGAAGCUCCUUUGGAUAUAUUGGACACAGAUUCGUGCACAAACAGCACUUUCAAAGCCGAUGGAGAGAGGGAAGAUGAACCCUCAAAGAUUUCAGAAUAUUCAUCAGAUGAUGACAAUUUUGAAGGAAGCAAUGUAGAAACAGAAGCUACUAAUUUAGAGUUUCCUAAAAAGUUCCAGUUGUGUUUUGGAGUAGGGUUUGAAACAGACCCAGGAAGAACAGCCACUGACUGGCUAAAAUCUGCUCAGACUCUUCUACAAACUCCUAAGAAAAGAAUAGAAAAAAGUUUGAAGACUCCAGAAGAUUCUGCAAAAAAAAGAAAAUUGCUGAGGGGAGGACUUGCAGAAAGAUUGAAUACACUUCAAAAUAGAAAGAGAUCUGCAGUAAACUUUUGGAGGCAUCAAUGUACCUCUCACCAUGAAACACUUUCAAGUGGCAAACCUGGUGUAUUAAUUGUGAAGAUCUUAGAAAUGCAUGAAGAAUGCACUCUUUGCAUAGCUAACUGUCAUCAACUGGGACAAAUUUGUGCUGAUGGUUCUAUCAUAAAAGAAAUUGCUGAAAUUCAGCCAAGAGUUCAAGUUCUUUUUGCAAAAGAAACAACAGCUCAUUUGAAGGCAGUACCACAGGACAUCAUAUAUAUUCAUCCUCCUUGGCAAAAACUCUUUCUGCAGAAUGAAAAUAUUCCAGUUAUUCUGAAUACAUAUUUCAGUCAAAAGGUCACUCUUAAAGAAUCAACAGAUAUAUCUACUGAUAUGGACAAGCCCCUCUUGCAAGAGCCGGUGCUUGCUAAAAGGAAUGUAUCUUUAGCCGGGAUAUUUAAUUUAUCUGAUAUAAAAGACAAUUGCUCUUUAAUACCUACAGUGAAUCAGGUAUCAGUUAUUGCCUUGAAUGAUUCUCUUCUUGAUGUUGUGGAGAUGCAAGGGACAACUGAAAGCACUGCAAUCCAAGUCCAAGUGGUUAUUCAGAGAGUCUAUUACUUGGUUGUUGAAGAUGGUUUCAGAUGUCAUCCUCAUGGAAGUAAUCCUUCCCAGAACAUGGCACAAUUUUUAAAAUCAGACCUUCAGAAUUUAAGGUUGUGUCUACUGGUUCAGGACAUCUAUGGAAUAUUUAGUGAAAUACAGCUUCCAGUUUUAUGUUCUUCUUCAAAACUGAUAGAACAAUAUAGAAAAAAAUGGGAAGGAAAAUGCUGUCGUGUUUCUAGACUGAAAAUUUUGCGAAGAGUCACCAGGGGAAGAACUCUAGGGCUUUUUAGUCUGAUUGACAGUCUGUGGCCACCAUUAUCACCUCUUCAAGUUCCGGGCAAGAGACAAGGAAAUAAAUCACAUGUUACUGCUAACCAGCUUCCUCCAAGUUUCUGUUACAUUCUUGCUGCUUCUGCUGAUUACAUUGAUGCAGAUGAAAGAGAACAACUGUCAAAUUUAUAUUUCCCCCCAGCUGUUCAUUGUCUCCAGGAAAUUUACCAGAUGGGUGAUUUACCUCAGCGUUGCAGUUUUUGGGCAUAUGUUAUAUAUCAAAGGCUGCAGGAAAUGGGCAGUGAUUCUUCAGACCAAAGGCAAUUUUGGCUAUUUGUCACUGAUUUCUCAUUGCAAAGAGAGUCUGAGAUCAAUUCUGGAACUCCCAGAACACUAUCUGUCUCAGUUGCUUCAUCAUGUGUGAUUGAUGUGGAAGUAAUGGAAGCAUUCAAAAGCUCAUCCCCUUGUAUUGUUUUCUUCAAGGAUGCUAUGUGUGGAAAUGGUAAGAUUAUUUGCAUUGAACGUACCGUUCUCUUGCUACAAAAGCCCCUUUUGUGUAGGGCUGCUGGUGCUGACAUCACUGAAUUGACUGGUCCUGUCAAACUAGAUUAUCUGGAUUCUACUACUCAAAUCAAUUCUAUUUGUACUGUAAGAGGUACUAUAGUUGGCAUUAAUGAGAGAACUGCUUUCUCUUGGCCUAUAUGUAACAGAUGUGGCAAUGAAAAAAUAGAUCAGCAUCAACAAGACAAAGGGUUACUCUACUGCAGCCAUUGUUGUGAAGUUGUAACUUCACCAGUUUUCAAGAUGCAUCUGGAAAUCUUUUUGAAUUGCCAGUCUCAAUCAAAAUCCACAGUAAAAAUCAAGCUAUUACAGAAGUCUAUUUCUUCACUUCUAGAAUCAGCAACCAUGGAUGAUGGGAGUUAUGAAGUAACGAGUGUGCUGAGGAAAGAGGUGGGGUUUUUGAAUUGUUAUGUCCAAUCUUUAACCAGCCACCCAUCUAGUUGUAUUGGAUUGGAAGAAAUUGUUCUCUCUGAGGCCUGAAAGAAUAUUGUCUGCUUCUGUCUAUGAUUUUUGUAACAUAUUUGUAACUGUACUCAGUUCUUCUGUGCUGCUUUUGAAACAAACUUUUGUACCUUUUUUAAAAAUACAUUAGGCAUGUCAGGGAACAGUAACCAUGAACAAAUCUUAAUUCAAGAGCAAUUGUAAUUUCAAUGAGAGGAGUUAAAUGCACAUUCUUAAAUAUUUUCUCAUUAAAUUAAUGAAAUGCACAUACACAGGUGUCUGGUCCUGAUAUAACAGGCAAAAGGAAACCUAUAUUUUUCCAGCAGUUGUUUUGUUUGUUUAUUCUGUAGGUUAUAUUUUGUAAUGAGUCCAGGGGUUGAAAUAAUUUUUGGCUAACUAAAUGUUAAAUGUGAGUUUUGAAAGGUUUUGAAAUUAACUUCCAAAUUGUUAAUUUAGAGAUACAUUUUUUAAUUAACUCACAUAUAAAUAUUAUUCAGGAUUUCAUGUAGGAUAAAGUGUUCAAACCUGAUGUAGUGUCUGACCUGAUGUAGCACCUAUUUUUUAUCAUAAUUAAAUAUUAUGAAAGAAGAGUAUAUGUUAACACAGGCAUAUGUACAGCAAUAAUUAUUUAAAUAAGGAAUUAUUUAGAUCUUGUAUUUUUUAAACCUUUCUAUAAAAUAGAAUAACAUAUUGUAAUUAAAAUGGUUAUACCUUCUACUUGUGCAUUUUGAUUUAUGGACAAAAUUAUAUUUGAUGCUGAAACACUGGAAUCAUUUAGUAUCUGAUUCAAAUUCCUGUAAUUUCUUUUAAACAGAACUUGGCAUGCAUGGGAUUUCCUGUUAUUUGCAUAAAAUAUUCCCAUACUCAGCAGCUGGAUCUGGAUUUUUGUGUUUACAAGAUGUAGUUGUGAAGGACAGAUGUGUGGGACAGGGAUAUGUUGAGGGAUCU